AUAUUUUCUGGGUCAGAAGAUAAAAAGUUUGGGAACCACUGGACUAACUGAAACCCAAAGUAUAUGUCCAUGUGAACAGUUGGCUCCGCCCCUUUAAACGAAGGUCUUUGCAGGUUCUGAAUGUCUCAUCUGAUGUAGUCUUGUAUCUAAUCUGUGCCGAUGAUCUGACAGGACAGAUUAUAUAAACACUUUUCAAUCUAUCGUGUAUGAACAAGGCAGCACCGGAGAGUUUUCAUAUAUCUACAUGUUUAAUGAAACAAAGUCCAUACUCUGUUACAUUUCAGGUUUUACAGAAAAUGUGCAGCUCUCCAGCUUUUGGGGGACAUCCCUAGAAUUAGAGAGGCUCCUGUUUGUUUCCAGCUGAGUCUGACCGCAGUGCAUAACGUGUUAAUAUCUUUAGCGUGUUGCUUUAGGGUAUUUCUAUCCCGUCUUUAAAUAGACUUGAUAGGAUUAGACCUCUUGUGUAAAGAGGCUACCUUCUGGCAAGGACAUUCAAGUUACUCUCAUUACAAUUAACUUAUUUCUAUGAAUAUCUCCUGUGGUAUUUUGAGGAGUUGUCUGUUUAUUUUUUAUUUUUAGAAAGGGAUAAAAUGUUGGUGUUUUGAAGCAACCGUUGUAGAGCUAGAACAUAAGCUCUGAGUGGAAGUCUGGCUCUUUGAGGUAAACGAGCUCAGGUGUUUUGCGGCGAGCGCAGACGGGACACGUUUUCCUCCAGGUCACUCGGUGUGACUCGUGUCCGGAGGACUUUUGAUGUGCAGACCAAGUUUGAUUCACAACGAGCCUGAAACGUUGAGCAGCUAUGGGAGUUCCUAACUCCAGAGAAUGUAAUUACUAUCAGGCUCCGAACGCACCAUUUAAGAUCUUGCUGAAAUUGCGCAACGAGCCUCUGAAGAAGGAGCGGCCRAAGUGGAAGAGCGAAUAUCCGAUGACAGAGGGCCAGCUGAGGAGCAAGAGAGACGAGUUCUGGGACACGGCUCCGGCGUUUGACGGACGGAAGGAGAUCUGGGACGCGCUGCGAGCUGCGGCCUUAGCYAUGGAGUGCAACGACCUGGAGCUGGCGCAGGCGAUAGUGGACGGAGCCUGCAUCACUUUACCACAYGGCUCUCUCACAGAGAGCUAUGAUGAGCUGGGAAAUCGCUACCAGCUCCCAGCGUACACUUUAGCGCCGCCGGUCAACCUCAUCACCGAAACCUCCAGCGAGAGCAAAGUGUCGGAGUCCUCGCAGAAACAGAGCCAGGCUUCGCCUUGCAGAGAAGAGUUCCAGCUGAGGGUCCGGUUAUCAACAGGACAGGAUGUCCGUCUGACAGCCAGCAUGGCGGACUCCAUCGCUGAGUUAAAGAAACAGUUGGAGGAGCAGGAGGACAUCGGUACGGCCCGUCAGCGAUGGUUCUUCUCCGGGAAGCUCCUGACCGACAAGACUCGCCUCCAAGACGCCAAGAUCCAAAAAGACUUUGUUGUCCAAGUCAUUGUCAACAUGAACCCCCCAGUCAUAACUAAUUAAAGGGCUUGGAAGGGCGGGGGUGUCGAGCGUUUGAAGUGAAGAAAAGAUGAAAAUACGUGCCAGAGACGGCUGCAGGAACAGGACCUGGUAUCAGUUUCCAGCAGGUGCAGCAGUGGAGUUCUGUGUACAUUUUCUAUAAGAUACGAUUGCUUUUGUAUUGCUCCUUUUUCUAUUGUUCCUUUUUUCCAGAUAAAUUAAUCAAAUAUUAAUUAAAAAGCACUGAAACACUUUAGUUUAAAUAUAAAUGCACAACCCAGUGUGUGUUUGUGUCUGAAGACCUCCACAAGAGGCUCUGUUGUUUACAUGGAUUCCUCUCCUCACGUCUGUAUUUGUGUCUGUGGAUGAAUUAAACACAGGUGGGUCCAAAUAAGGAAAAUCUACUAUUUUUGUUCAGUAGCUAUUUAUUUUUUUGACAAUUACACGGAUCACUAACUCUAAAUAUCAGGUUAAGUGUGUGUUUAUGUGACUGUGAACUACACGUCUUCACGUCUUCAGUAUAGUUGUUCUGAACAUGUUGAAUGGAAUGAAAAAAGUUUUUUUAAUUCAUCACUCUAAACAACUGUACAGGCAAACUGUAGUUUUGUGUGCAAUUAUGAUGCUCAGUUUACUUUAAUAACGUCAAUAAAUACUGUAAAAUUAAA